UCGACCAUCGCUUGAUAUUCUGGACUAGCGGUUGGAAUUCUCAAUACACUUUUGUCACGUUUGGCUUGCCAUAUGUAACGAGGGUGAAUAAUCCGUUGUGAAUUUUUACAAUCUGUUCUACGUCAUAUUUAUAUUUAUACUUGUCAUCAAGGUCUUACUGGAAAAACAAAAUCGUGAAAAUAUCUCUGAUUCUUGAUGAGCGAUCGCGGUCAGAGAAGAGGACGUCGACUAGAACAUGAAGAAGGUGUAGCUUUAGCUACUGAACAUAGACGACUACAGCAACAACAAAUAAAACAUCACAGAGAUGAGCAACAACAACAACAUCCAGCGCAACGUGAUAAACGACGACAACCAGAACAAGGACAACAGCUGCAAACGUGCAAACGUUUCAAACAACAACAGAAAGAACAACGCGAUGAGAGGCCUCGUUAUGAACAACGUGAGGAGAGAUUGUCUCGUUAUGAUCAACGUGAGGAGAGAUUGUCUCGUUAUGAUCAACGUGAGGAGAGAUUGCCUCGUUAUGAACAACGUGAGGAGAGAUUGUCUCGUUAUGAUCAACGUGAGGAGAGAUUGUCUCGAUAUGAACAACGUGAGGAGAGAUUGUCUCGAUAUGAACAACGUGAGGAGAGAUUGCCUCGUUAUGAUCAACGUGAGGAGAGAUUGUCUCGUUAUGAUCAACGUGAGGAAAGAUUGCCUCGUUAUGAUGGUCCAGCUUUUAGUAGAUCACAGGAAAAACCUUCUACACCACAAAACCUCCUGUUGACCCAACCAUCAAUUCAACCAUCUAGCCCACCACAACCAGCACCCUCUGAAGCUUUAACACCACAAGCCCAAACUUCCCAGGGAGCAGUUAAACCUGACAGACCCAGUCAAAUAAAAACUGUUCCUCCCAAGUCCAGUAAAGGUGUGCUUAAGCCACCACGUCGACCAGAUGCAGGAGGUAAAUCGGGACGACGCAUUGACCUCAGAGUCAAUUUUCUUCCUUUUAAACUCACUACUGAGGAUAUUCAUCAUUAUCAUUCUGACAUCAAAGAAAAAGGAAAAAAAAGUGAAGAAGGAUUCACAAAGUCAGAUAGACCAAAAAUUCUACAGAAAGCUCAAGAAAUGUAUGACAAAGACAACCCAGAAGGUCCCAAGUGGGUGUAUGAUAAAAAUGGCACAAAUAUCUAUUGUAGCAAAAAAAUUCCUGGUUUUGAGUCAGGUCGACAAUACACAGUACAGUUUACAACAGAUAAUGGCAAAGAAAAAACGUUUAUUGUUGAUAUUAAAUGGGUUGCUUAUUGUAGCCUUUAUGAACUAAACAAAGCACUUGAAGGCCGACAUACUGAAAUACCUUAUGAUACUUUACAAGCUAUAGAAGUUGUUAUACAACAAAUGCCAAAAAUGAGAACAAUACAAGUUCGUUCUUCAUUUUUUGACUAUCCAAGUGGUCGUGAAAGAGAUCUUGGAGGAGGUAUACAAGUCUGGAAUGGUACAUUUCUCAGUAUUCGACCAACUCAGUGGAAAAUGAUGUUAAAUGUUGAUACCAGUUCAACUGGUUUUUACAAACCUCAACCUGUUAUCGACUUCAUGUGUGAAUUUCUUAAUUUAAGAAACUUACCUCGAUCGUUAGAUGCAAGGCAAAGAAUGAAAUUUGCAAAGGAGAUUAAGGCCAUCAAAGUGGAAACAACUCACGUGAAAAGAAAGCAAAAGGCAGGUGGUCUCACCGACAGAUCAGCCAGAGAAGAGACAUUUGACUGUGAUGGUCGCAAAGUCACUGUGCUUGAUUAUUUUAAAAACACAUAUAAUAUAAGUUUAAGACACCCAGAUCUUCCAUGUGUAAAAAUUGGUCAAAAGGGAAGUCUCAUUCCAAUGGAACUUUGCCAUGUAGUCAGUGGUCAAAAGAAACAGGGAAAGCUCACUGGACGGCAAACACAACAGAUGAUUCGUAGCACAACUAUUCCAGCACCAGACAGAAUGCAAAAAAUCAUGGAAUUGAUUAGAAAACUUCGAUUUGAGCAAGAUCCUUAUUUACAUGACUUUGGUUUCAGCAUUGGUAAUAAACUUAUUGGUAUACAAGGUCGAGUCCUAGAUCCUCCUUCCAUGAUGUUUGGCCCUAUUAAUCGACCGAGCCAUGAGAUGCGUAGAGAUGAUGCAUGGAAGAUUACAAAGAAAAUGCUCGUCCCUAAGGAAUUAAGGGAAUGGGCACUGAUUUCAUACAAGAAAAGACAACCAGGUCGUGGAAGAGGUCCUGACCAUUUAGACAACCAAGGUAUGGGUAAUCUUAUCCACUAUUUAAUAGAGGUUGGCCGCGAGAAAGGUGUAAAUGUUGGAGAUCCAUGUCAUGUGUCACUGGAAACUGACUUAAAUGGGAUUGACAAGUUGUUUGGUCGCCUGAAAGCUAGGUAUCCCAAUCUGCAGUUAAUAGUUGUUGUCUUACCAGUGGAUGGAGAUGAUUUCUACGAAGAAGUAAAGCAUUGUGGUGAUGUUGUCCAUGGAAUCAUCACACAGUGUAUUAAAGUUGAGAAAGCUAGUGAUGAUUUCUCAGACUGGAGAAAGAAGGAAACUUUGGUUAAUUUGUGGCUUAAAAUGAAUGCCAAACUUGGUGGGACAACGUGUGCUUUGGAUAAGGCCAUGAAAUCUCCAAUUUUGAAACGACCUGUGAUCAUUUUUGGUGCUGACGUGACCCAUCCAGGUGCUGGGAAUAAAUCAAGUCCCUCAAUUGCUGCUGUUGUAGCCAGUAAAGACUCAUACCCAACCCUCUACAAUGCUGAGGUUCGUGUCCAAAAACACAGACAGGAAAUGAUUGAGGAUCUGAAAGAAAUGACAAAGGAAUUGUUGAAAAAGUUUAGACAAUCUACAAAAGCCAUUCCUGAAAAGAUUUUAUUUUAUCGAGAUGGUGUUAGCAGGGGUCAAUUUCAAGAUGUCUUGAUUAAGGAGUUAUCAGCCAUUCAAAGAGCUUGUCUUGAACUUCAAGCAGGCUGGACACCUGCCAUAACCUUUAUUGUGGUCCAAAAAAGACAUCAUGCCAAAUUCUUUGCAACAGAUCCUAAAGAUCAAAAAGGCAAAAGUAGAAAUAUUCCAGCAGGUACAGUCGUUGAUACACAGAUAUGUCAUCCGUACGAGUUUAAUUUCUACCUGUGCAGUCAUGCUGGUAUCCAAGGCACAAGCAAACCAGCUCUUUAUCAUGUACUGUACGAUGACAGUAACUUUACCUCAGAUGACUUACAGAUUCUUACCAAUCAAUUGUGUUAUACAUACGUACGUUGUACCAGGUCCGUGUCUAUUCCUGCGCCUGCAUAUUAUGCCCAUCAUGUUGCAUUCAGAGCAAGACAUCAUCUCAAGUUGGACAGUGCAACUGAAAGAAGUACUAUUUCCGAUGAUGAACCUAGGGAGGUUACAACGGAACAAAGAAAUCUUGUCAAGGUCCAUCCAAAUGUUAACUGUUCUAUGUACUUUGCUUAAAGUUACUUUAUAUUCUUACUGUCUUCUGAUGGGGCUAAUCCUAGACAAUGAUUUAUUCAGGAUUAAUUUUAAACGAAAUCUGUUGAUUUGCUUCCAUUUUAGUUGUACUGCUAGUUUAGUAUGGCAAGCUUGUUUAAAAAGGACUUUUAUUUAUAAUCAAUAUCAAAGUAUAUUUUAUAGUAAGCAUUUGAUUUUUUUUUAGCAAAUAUUGAUAAAAUUAUACUCUAUCAUUUCUUCAACUGCUUGGUGAGUCCAAAACAGCCUCAUCCUACUAAAGAAAUUUUAAGUAGUAUAAUUUUGUGUGUUUAUGUUUGUAUGGAUGUUUAUAUUUCUAUAAAUACCUCAUCCUUUUCCGAAA